AUGUUGAACGUACUGAAGAAAACCCGCCGGAUUUUUUGUAAGAAAUGUGGCAAACAUCAGCCCCACAAAGUCACACAGUACAAGAAGGGCAAGGAUUCUCUGUAUGCCCAGGGAAAACGUCGUUAUGACAGGAAGCAGAGUGGUUACGGUCAAACUAAGCAGAGUGGUCAAACUAAGCCUAUUUUCCAGAAAAAGGCUAAAACUACAAAGAAGAUUGUGUUGAGACUUGAAUGUGUCGAGCCCAACUGCAGAUCUAAGAGAAUGCUGGCCAUCAAGAGAUGUGAGCAUUUUGAACUGGGAGGCGAGAAAAAGAGAAAGGGACAAUUGACCCAGUUCUAA